AUGGACGUCACAACAUCAAGUCGUCCUACAGAGCAAACGCGGGUGGGCCGAAGAGACUCGGCCGUAGACCUUGGCAGUCCAACACCCCUUCCCGUCACCCUCCUCUCUGGCUUCCUGGGUAGCGGCAAGACGACCCUUCUACAGCACAUCCUCCGCAGCGACCAUGGCCUACGCAUUGCCGUGAUAGUCAACGACAUUGGAGCAGUCAACGUCGACGCCAGCAUCAUCAACCACCACGUCACCCAGACCACCGAAAAGGUCAUCGCGCUCCAGAACGGCUGCAUCUGCUGCACGCUGCGCGGCGACCUGCUCGAGGAGCUCGUGCGGCUGUCGGAGCUGCACGCCUUUGACUACGUCAUCGUUGAGAGCAGCGGCAUCAGCGAGCCCGAGCAGGUCGCCGAGACCUUCGACUCCAAGCUGGCCGAGACCAUGGGCGCGCUGGGCGACGGCAGCGCCGGUGCCGAGGGCGGCCUGGACGAGGCGAUGCGGGUCGUGCUGAGGAAGCUCGCGGACGCGGGCGGCGUCGGCAGCUUCGCCCGGCUGGACACCACCGUGACCGUCGUCGAUGCCUUUACCAUCAUGAACGACUUUCACACGGACCACUUGCUGUCGAGUCGGAGGGGGGACGUCGGGCCCGAAGACGAGCGGACCGUGUCGGAUUUGAUGGUUGAUCAGAUUGAGUUUGCCGACGUGAUUGUGCUCAACAAGACGGACAUGGUCGACCGUCCUACCAAGCAGCGGGUCGUCGACUUGAUCACCAAGCUCAACCACCGGGCCAAGAUCAUCGAGACCUCUCACAGCAAGGUGGACGUCAAGGAGAUUGUCAACACGGGACUGUUUGAUCUCGAGCGUGCGCAGACCGGAUAUGGUUGGUUGCAAGAUCUACAUGAGCUGACUUUGAGAGAGGUCAACGGUCGUAAAACCAUCACACCAAAACCCGAGACGGAAGAGUACAACGUCCGCAACUUUGUAUACCGGCGCCAGCGACCCUUCCACCCGCUACGGCUGUACAAGCUGCUGUUUGACAAGUUCAUCAUGCAGCUUGAGCACCCGGAAGAGGAGGAGGACGAGGACGAGGACGAAGACGACGAGGAAGAAGAAGAUGACCAAGACGAACAGGAGGAAGAAGACCCCCUCGACGCGCCGUCCAACGAGACCAUCCUAGCCAACAAGCGGGCCUCCCCUCUCUUUGCGCGCCUCUUCCGGUCCAAGGGCGAAUUCUUCCUGGCGACGCGCCCGCACCGCGCCGGCGAGUGGUCGCAGGCAGGGGCGAUGCUGACCAUGACGGGCGGGCGGCCGUGGUUCGUCACGCUGCCCGAGUCCGAGUACCUGACGGGCGACGCCGACAUCGACGCGCUCGUGCUGCACGACCUCGCGUCCGGCGGCGAGUGGGGCGACAGGAGGCAGGAGCUCGUCUUCAUAGGAGAGGCGCUCGACGUCCCGGGGCUGGAGAGGGUGCUGGACGAGUGUCUGCUGACGGACGAGGAGUGGAGGCGGUGGCGGAAGGUUAUGCGCAGUGGGGUUUUGAGUUCGCAGGGCAAGAUGGAGAGGUUGGCGCGCCUGUUUGACGAUGGCUUUCCCGACUGGCCUGAAGAUGACGCUCAUGAGGGACAUGGGCACUGA